UUCCCUCUUUGGUGCUGUGUUCAUGCUUCCCUGUCUGCUGGCAGAGCAGGGCAGCAGCCAUGCAGACACACGUUGCCUUCUUUGCCUUGAUUUUUGUGGUCAUGUGCCGGGGGCUUCAGUCUGCCUCGCCCGUGCCUUCGGUCCCAGACCGGGUCCAGGCUCUGGUGGGCUCCUGUGUGGUGUUUCCCUGCUCUUUCUCGGCCGCUUCUCCACACCCACGCGGACAGAGGCCGAGGGUGGACGUGCGGCUGAGGUACAGAGGUGGAGGUCGCUUCUUUCCUCUGCAGAGCACUGCUUUCAACAGCCAGGACAAAGACCAAGUGAGCAGAGAUUUCCAGGGGCGAGCCUCGCUCUUUGGGAAAAUAGAAGAAGGAGACUGUUCAGUGAGGAUGGAGAGGAUCAGACUGGACGACCCCCAGAUGUUUGAGGUGGCCCUGAAGAGACGGGAGGAUUUACUCUGGGGGAGGCCAAGCACCGUUCAGAUUGAUAUCAUGGAUGAACCGGAGCCUCCGGCUAUCAGUGGCAGGUUGUCAGCCACAGAGGGUCAGGUGGUCACCUUGAACUGCUCCAUCAGGUACCACUGCCCCUCCAGACCUCCUACCCUGCAGUGGAGAUGGGAGCGAGGACCCCUGCUGAACAGCACUGAGCUGUGGGAUGCACAGACAACCUACCCAGAUGUGGACGCACAAACCCUACUGGCAUCUUUGUCCUUCACGGCUUCCCACCAAGUGAAACCGAGGCUCAAAUGUGAGGUCAACUAUCCAGGAGCCAAAAUGGUGUCCACCACCACAGACCUGCAUGUGACAUUUCCACCUAAAGAGGUGAGGAUUCAGGUUCAGACCUUAGUGGUGCAUGAGGGGGGCACUGCCCUUCUCGUCUGCUCAUGCAAAGCUGAUCCUCCAGUGUCAGAGUACCGCUGGUCCUACAGCCAACACGGCCGCACCGUACACCUCCACCACCGAACGCACACAGUCCGCGUGUUCAACGUGACCAGAGACAUGAGGGUCACCUGCUCCGCUCACAACUCCAUCGGUCGGGGAGAAUCACAGCCCACAGCGCUGAACAUACAAUACAAGCCAGUUAUCCACCGACUGUCUUCCAACUGUUCUGUGGAGGAUUCGGAGUUGGUGUGUUGCUGCCUGGUUGACUCCAACCCCAAAGCGGCGGUCACUUGGAGUGUCAACGGAACCAUUCCACUUCAAGGUUUCAACGUUUCUGCCUCAUCAGACCACAGCAUGUUGACAGCCUCAUUGACAGGCCGCAUGGAGAAACCUCUGCAGGUGGUCUGCUUUGCUUUUAACGCGCUUGGAAACGACUCCCUGGUUUUGCUGCAGGGAGAAGAAGACGUGGCACCUCUGUUGUGGCUGGUUUUGCCUGCUGCAGCCAUAUGCCUGCUGAUGACCCUUCUGUCCCUUCUCAUCUGCUGGCACAGAAGGAAAGCUCAAAAAAAAAGCUUGAGAAGACGCCCCAUUUUUCAUCCAGAAGACCUGGGGAUUUAUCAGGAAAGGAUGCCGCUCUACAUAAACUGCACAGAAGUGACUCACAUUUACACUAAUGGCAGCUAUCAGCUUGUGUACCAGAACUGUACGCCUGUUUUUGUCCGUAAUAACCAGAUCCGUCCGAUGGCCCGAAGAGGUGGGGGAAUAAGGAGAGGUGGAGAUAUCGGACCAGCCAGAGUGGGUAUCAGAGAAACAAGACAGGUGCAGGACACCUCUGCUGAGCUUGAGACGGCCAUCUAUGUAGAGAUCCUCUAAUUUCAGAGUCACAUGCGAAGGGUUUCAUUUUUUUUCUUCACUGAAUGUUUAACUGAAGACCAUCCGUUCAGGGUAUAAGUGUGCAUUUAACUUACUUUUGACUAUUUGUAAGUCUGUGAUCAUGCAAACAUAAUAAUAAAUGAAAAGAAAACUGUCUCCUA